ACUGCGUCCCGAGACGAGGCUAGGGCUGGCAUCAUUUUGCCGGGAAUUAGUGCACAUGCUUUGUAGCGCGUUUUGUACUAGUUAAUUAAUAAGGAAACGAUCAGCAGCCAAUCGUUUAAUAGUGCCAAGAUGCUGGAGGAAAAUCCAGAGAUCGUGGAGGCCAUGCCCGAAGAAGAAGAAGAGGAAAGUCCGGAGAGUACUAAGGAGUCCACGCCUGAUGAAGAGGAGGGCCCGGCUACCGAAAAGAAGGAAGACACGGACUACGAUAGCAAGCUGGAUUUGGACAGGGGCAAUCGUUUCGACUACCUGCUACAGCAAACGGAAAUCUUCGCUCAUUUUAUGACCACAAGCAGCGCGGCGAAAGGUGUCACGUCGCCUCUCAAGCUGAAACCAGGUCGGCCGAAAUUGAAGAAGAAUGACGAGAAAGCUAAACUUGCGGCCAUGGGAGACCUGCGACACCGGAUGACAGAACAGGAGGAAGAUGAAGAGCUGCUUUCAGACAGCCGCCGGAAGGAAAUUACAGUUACACGCUUUGAGACCUCACCGAGUUAUAUCAAAGGGGGUGAGCUUCGUGACUACCAGAUCCGAGGCCUUAACUGGAUGAUUUCUUUGUAUGAACAUGGCAUCAAUGGCAUCCUUGCUGAUGAAAUGGGUCUAGGAAAGACACUGCAAACCAUCUCACUGCUGGGCUACAUGAAACACUAUCGCAACAUCAAUGGACCGCACAUGGUCAUUGUGCCAAAGUCAACACUGGCCAAUUGGAUGAGCGAGUUCCAGAGGUGGUGUCCAUCUCUCCGUGCCGUCUGCCUGAUUGGAGACCAAAAUGCCAGGGCUGCGCUCAUUCGCGACACACUGAUGCCCGGCGAGUGGGACGUCUGCGUUACCUCCUAUGAGAUGGUCAUCCGGGAAAAGGCUGUCCUCAAGAAGUUUAACUGGCGCUACCUUGUCAUUGACGAGGCACACCGUAUCAAAAAUGAAAAAUCAAAGUUGUCUGAGUUUGUUCGAGAAUUCAAGACGACAAAUCGCUUGCUGCUGACUGGCACCCCAUUGCAAAACAACCUGCACGAGCUUUGGGCCCUGCUCAACUUUCUUCUUCCUGAUGUCUUCAACUCAUCUGAGGACUUUGAUGCUUGGUUCAACACAAACGAUUGCCUGGGUGACAAUAACCUUGUGGAGCGACUGCAUGCUGUUCUGCGCCCAUUCCUGCUGCGUCGUCUCAAGUCUGAGGUAGAGAAAAAGCUGCCACCCAAGAAGGAAGUGAAAAUUUACGUUGGCCUGUCGAAGAUGCAGCGUGAGUGGUACACCAAGUGCCUGUUGAAGGACAUUGAUGUUGUCAAUGGAGCUGGAAAAGUGGACAAGAUGCGACUGCUCAACAUUCUCAUGCAGCUCCGCAAGUGCUGCAACCAUCCGUACCUCUUCGACGGAGCAGAGCCUGGACCACCGUACACUACAGAUGAGCACAUAGUCUACAACUGCGGCAAAAUGGUGAUCCUUGAUAAGCUUCUCCCCAAACUGAAAGCCCAGGGCUCUCGUGUGCUGAUCUUUUCUCAAAUGACACGCAUGCUUGACAUCCUGGAAGACUACUGCCUCUGGCGACGCUAUAACUACUGUCGUCUUGAUGGCCAAACACCUCAUGAAGAGCGCACGCUGUCCAUCAAUGAGUAUAACAAGCCUAACAGUGACAAGUUCCUGUUUAUGCUUUCAACCCGUGCGGGUGGCUUGGGCAUAAACCUUGCAACCGCCGACGUCGUUAUCCUGUUCGACUCAGACUGGAACCCUCAGGUUGACCUGCAAGCUAUGGACAGGGCCCAUCGUAUUGGGCAGACGAAAGCUGUGCGCGUGUUCCGUAUGAUCACUGAGAACACUGUUGAGGAACGCAUUGUCGAGAGGGCCGAAGUGAAGCUGCGACUUGACACGGUGGUCAUCCAGCAAGGCCGGCUUGUGGACGCUCAGGCCAAGAUUGGCAAGGAGGAGAUGCUGGGCAUGAUUCGACAUGGGGCAGACCACAUCUUUGCAUCCAAGGAUAGUGAGAUUACAGACGAGGACAUUGACGCCAUCCUGGAGAAGGGCGAGCGCAAGACAGAGGAGCUCAAGACCAAGCUCGAGUCGCUCGGCGAGGGCUCCUUGCGCAACUUCACCCUUGACACUCCGCAGGAAUCUGUCUACAAGUUUGAAGGAGAGGACUACAGAGAGAAACAGAAGAGUGGGGGGCUGAAUUGGAUCGAACCACCCAAACGGGAGCGUAAGGCCAACUAUGCAGUCGACGCGUACUUCAGGGAGGCCCUGCGUGUGAGCGAACCAAAAGCCCCCAAGGCACCCAGACCUCCAAAGCAGCCGAACAUCCAGGAUUUCCAGUUCUUCCCUCCAAGGCUGUUUGAGCUGCUUGACAAGGAGAUUUACUAUUACCGUAAAACCAUUGGCUACAAGGUCCCGAAAAAUCCUGAUCUAGGAUCGGAUGCAGGCCGCAUUCAACGGGAGGAGCAGGCAAAGAUUGACGAGUCAGAGCCACUGACCGAGGAGGAGCUUGCAGAGAAGGAGAAGCUUCUUACAGAGGGAUUCACCAACUGGGCUCGGCGAGACUUCAAUCAGUUCAUCAAGGCCAAUGAGAAGUAUGGCCGUGAUGACAUUGAGAGCAUUGCCAGAGAUGUUGAGGGAAAGACACCCGAGGAGGUGAUGGAGUACUCGGCAGUGUUCUGGGAACGCUGCCAUGAGCUGCAGGACAUAGAGCGGCUGAUGGGGCAAAUUGAGAAGGGGGAGGCACGCAUCCAGCGGCGAGCGUCCAUCAAGCGUGCCCUGGAAGCCAAGAUGAGUCGGUACCGGGCACCAUUCCAUCAGCUGCGUAUGGCCUACGGCACGAACAAGGGAAAGAACUACACCGAGGAGGAGGACCGCUUUCUCGUCUGCAUGCUGCACAAGCUGGGCUUUGAUCGUGAAAAUGUAUAUGAUGAGCUACGUGCUGCCAUCCGACAAGCGCCACAGUUCCGUUUUGAUUGGUUCAUCAAGUCCCGAACGGCCGCUGAGCUGCAGCGACGGUGUAACACACUCAUUACCCUCAUUGAGCGAGAGAACCAAGAGCUCGAGGAGAAGGAGAAGGCCGAGAGGAAGCGAAGAGGUGGUGGCCGCCCUAGUACACCCAAGGGAAAACGCAAGAUGGAUGGAAUUUCAGAAGGCCGCAAGAAGAAGCGGAAGACACAAUAAUGGACAGUUGCCGGUGACUAUUCCAUGCUGUAAUGUGAAGACCCAUGUAAAUAUAGUUUAAAAGCAAAUUUUUUUUUAUUGCUGUGAAUUUGCAUGUUUUGUAUUGUCCGUGCCUGAAUUGUAGCUGUCAUCGCAUUUUGUGCCACACAUCUUUUCUGGUUCCGUGCUGUCACCUGGCAUUGAUUUCAUGGCUCUGUAUAUUUAUUAUAGCCAACGUGUUCUAUAAUUUUGGUAGAUGGACUUGGCUGGGACACAAAAUUGCUCAUUCCAAACAUGCAUUUUUUUGUCACAAUAAAUGUCAGUUCUUGGUAUCA